AUGCUGUACACAGUCUGCCGGAAAUCAAAGGAUGAAAAGAAGAAGUGGUUUCUUUUCUGAAACCCGUUAGUAGUUUUGCUGUUUUUCUGUGUCGAUCGAACUGGAAGACGGUUGUUUUGUGUCGUCGUGUCCCAGAUAAAAUUUUGAGCUGUUGAAGUAACAAUGUCUGGAGCUGAGGGUUUGAGAGAGUUGAUCAUCGAGCGACUAACUGCUGCUGCUGAAGAAAUAUUCGCACUCUUUGAAAGAACUGUCGUCCAGUACGAGGAAGAGAUCGAUCGCCAGCGCAGACUGCUGGAUAUCACCUGGAAACCUGAGAUAAAGUUACACAGAAUAGACCUCCCACAGCAACAUGUAUGUAUGGAGGAGGAGUUUCUUACUGAGCAGCAGCUCUGUAACCAGGAGAGAAAAUCCAGUCAGGAUCAGGAGGGGCUAGAACCUUCACAGGUAAAAAAGGGACAGGAGGAACCAGAACCCCAACAGGUGAAAGAGGAACAGGAGGAACCAGAACACCCAGAGGUGAAAGAGGAACAGAAGGAACAAGAACCCCCACAGGUGAAAGACGAACAGGAGGAACCAGAACCACCACAGAUUAAAGAGGAACAGGAGGAACUGUGCAGCAGUCAGCAAGAAGAACAUUUUGUUUUGAACUAUGAGACUGAUUCCCUUAUGGAGACUCCUACUGAUGAGGAAAGUGAGCACAGUGAACCAGAACCAAACAGCUAUCAUCUCCUCUGUCAGAGCUCUGCUGUGUCUGAGAGCCCAGAUCAGGAAGGAAGCAACCAUGUAGACUCAGGAUCAACUGGAAAUGCAGAGCUGAAUCGAAAGAAGAGACAUCACAGAGACAAAAGCCACUGUAACAAUGUAGACAACUCUUCCAUAUCAGAGAGUCAGUGUCAUACUGAUACAGGUAAAAAGGUAACAUGUGUCACAUGCAUUUCCUGUGCAACACAUUUUAAGAACAAGUUAGGAAUGAAAAGACGUUACAGACUCUACACAGGUGAGACGCCUUGUCAUUGCAACACAUUAUCUGAAAGUUUCAUGAAGAGAAAUUAUUUAAUUUCACACACAAGAAGUCAGACGGGUGUAAAACCAUAUCCUUGCAAACCAUGUGGGAAACGUUUCAAUCAAAUCGUUGACUUGAAAAAGCACAUGAGGAAUCAUACAGGUGAGAAGACGCACACUUGUGAGACAUGUGGUAAAAUCUUCAAUCGGAGUACUUAUUUAAAAAAGCACAUGAGGGUUCACACAGGUGACAAGCCGUACGGUUGUGAGACAUGUGAUAAAACCUUUACUGAACAAGGUAAUUUAAGAAAGCACAUGAAGAUUCACACAGGUGAGAAGCCCUACAGUUGUGACACAUGUAGUAAAACCUUCAGUCGACGUUCUCAUUUAACUCGUCACAUGAGGACUCAUACAGGUGAGAAGCCAUACAGUUGUGAGACAUGUGGUAAAAGCUUUAGUCAAAGUACUACUUUAACAGAACACAUGAAGACUCACACAGGUGAGAAGCCGUACUGUUGUGACACAUGUGGUGAAAUCUUCGCUGAAAGAACUACUUUAAAAAGGCACAUGAGGACUCACAUAGGCGAGAAGCAGUACGGUUGUGACACAUGUGGUAAAACCUUCAGUCGCAAUAGUAUCUUAACUCAACACAUGAGGAUUCACACAGGUGAGAAACCUUAUGGAUGUGACACAUGUGGUAAAGCCUUCAAUCGACGUUCUCAUUUAACUGCUCACGUGAGGACUAAUGCAUGUGAGAGGAAGUACGGUUGUGAAACAUGUGGCAAAACGUUCAAUAAAAGAAAUACUUUUACCGGUCACAUGAGGACUCACACAGAUGAGAAGAUGUUCAGUUGUGACACAUGUGGUAAAAGCUUCAGUCGACGUUCUCAUUUAACUAUUCAUGUGUGGACUCACACAGGUGAGACAAAGUACAGUUGUGAAACAUGUGGCAAAACAUUCAGCCAAAGAAGUACUUUAACUAAUCACAUGAGGACUCACACAGGUGAGAAACCAUACUGUUGUGAAACAUGUGGCAAAACCUUCAGUCAAAGAAGUAAUUUAACUGAUCACAUUAGGACUCACACAGGUGAGAAGCCAUACGGUUGUGACACAUGUGGCAAAACCUUCAGCCGCAAUAGUAUCUUAACUCAACACAUGAGAAUUCACACAGGUGAGAAGCCAAACAGUUGUGACACAUGUGGCAAAACCUUCAAUCGGAGUGCUCAUUUAACUUUUCACAUGAGGAUUCACACACGUAAGAAUCUGUUGUCCUGAAGCAUCUGUGUCCAAAAAUAGCUGAGUUUAAAAAGAUCAUGUCAGAUUUUUUUCAGGUUUAUCUUUGUUGCAGAAAUCUGCUUAAAGAAUGGAAAAGUGGUGUUCAUUUGUGUACCGAUACUUUUUACUGUAAUGCUGACUCUAACGGUAGUAACCGGACCAUCAGUUUUUCACCUGCAUGGAUGGAAGUGAACCUUCAAAAUGCUGGAGUAGCUGUACUUCACCUCAAAAGAUGCAGACUCGGCAACCUGCAACCAAUCCUGAAAAGCAUUAUUGUGCAAGGGAGAAAAACAUGGAAUUUGAUUAAAAAUGUGACGAAGCA